CAGUACUCCGCUGCCUGGCUUCCGCUCCGUGCGCACGCGUCCUCCGUCCUUCCCAACAAGCGCGCGGCGUCGAGGUCGCCCAAGCCCACAGCGCCCCCUCUCGGCCCUAGCUUCCCAGCCGUCUACCCUCAGCGCCAGGUAUCACUUAGAACAGAGAGGCACACACAGCCUCUGGUGCACCGAUGAGCCAAGUGGAGUUUGAAAUGGCCUGCGCUUCGCUCAAGCAGCUGAAGGGUCCCUUGAGUGAUCAGGAGAAACUGCUGGUGUACAGCUUCUACAAACAGGCCACCCAGGGCGACUGUAACAUCCCUGUCCCUCCAGCCACAGAUGUGAGAGCAAAGGCCAAAUGGGAGGCGUGGAAUGUGAACAAAGGGAUGUCCAAGAUGGAUGCCAUGAGGAUCUAUAUUGCCAAAGUGGAAGAGCUGAAGAAAAACGAGGCUGGCUAAGGACAUUUUGGCAGACACAAGGAAGUAGCAAUGGCACCACUGGCAGGGAAUGGGUUUAAGAACUCCUGAUGGCUGAAACAUACUGAAAGGGUAGCAAGGUUAGCGGAGACAUCAAUAAAUCACUUGACCCGCA